UGUUUAUGUUUUUUUAUGUUUCACAUCACAGCUCAUAUAUUAGAUUAUUUUCCUACUUUUCUUCAUGGCAAGUGGACUGGGAGAUGAUCGCUUAGUAUGGCUGAGGCUCCUUCACCGGAGCCGGGAUGGCUUUUAGCCGCAUCCGCAAACUGGACGCCCCUUCCCGAGGCAUCCUCCCCAGGAAAGCGGUGGUCAUGCUCUGCUCCCUCCUCGCUCCUCUCCUCCUCCUGCACCUCCUCUCCUCCGCGCGCUGCGCCUCGCCGCUCAGAGGCUCCCUGCGAACCAAGCGGCUGACGCGCGACCGGAGCGGCGCCGGACCGGAGCCGGACGGCCACCGGAUUGCGGAUGAGUCUCCCGCUUUGCCCCCGGAUCUGGUGGUUAAUCCGAGGUUCGCAGGGAAGGUCAGUCCGCUCGGGGAGGGCAGCAAGAAGCUCCCCCAGGCUCUCAUCAUCGGGGUGAAGAAAGGAGGGACCCGGGCUCUGCUGGAGUUUCUGCGGGUUCAUCCGGACAUCAGGGCGGUGGGAGCGGAGCCGCACUUCUUUGACCGCAACUAUGACAACGGCCUGGAGUGGUACAGGGAUCUGAUGCCGAAAACCCUGGAGGGCCAGAUCACCAUGGAGAAAACUCCCAGCUACUUUGUGACCAGAGAGGCACCGGCGAGGAUAUCCGCCAUGUCCAGGGACACCAAACUGAUCGUGGUAGUGAGGGACCCUGUCACCAGAGCCAUCUCAGACUACACGCAGACUCUGUCUAAGAAGCCCGAUAUUCCCUCCUUUGAGAGUCUGACCUUCAAAAACAGGACUACGGGGCUCAUUGACACCUCGUGGAGCGCCAUCCAGAUCGGCAUCUACGCCAAGCACCUGGAUAACUGGCUGCAGUACUUCCCCAUGGACCAGAUCCUCUUUGUUAGCGGCGAGCGUCUGAUCACCGACCCGGCCGGAGAGCUGGGCCGCGUGCAGGACUUCUUGGGCCUCAAGAGGAUCAUCACAGACAAACACUUUUACUUUAACCAGACCAAGGGAUUCCCGUGUCUCAAGAAGGCAGAGGGCAGCAGCAAGCCUCACUGCCUGGGAAAAACCAAAGGGAGAACCCAUCCGAACAUUGAUCCCGAGGUGGUGCAGAGGCUACGGGACUUCUACAGACCCUUCAACAUGAAGUUCUACCAGAUGACCGGGCGUUUCUUUGGCUGGGAUGACUGAAUGUCUUCGUGCCGGACUCAAACUGAAUAUGGUGCUGCUGCUGUGCAGCUGUGGUGCGGGCAAGCUGCAAAAAGUCUCACAUUGAACUGCAGAGUUUAAAACAUCCCUAAUAUGUGCUGCUAAUUUUUUGGGGGAAAUUUUGCUUUUUCUUCCUUCAUUUACAUGAUAAAAAUUACACAGUGAAAACAGAUAUUACACAAAAUCAAACAUUAACAGAAAAAUGUUACAUCUAUUAACAAAUCUAACAAAAGCUUCACAAGAUUUCAAAGCAUUACUGCCAGAAUCACAUGUGUUAUGGUAAAACACAUGCUUGUAAUGACCAGUCAUUCUAUCUCUACUGAACCCUGCAACCAGGCUGGAUCUGCUGAGACCCCUGCUGCAGAAAAGGCGUUCAAGAGCUAAGAAGUUCACAUAGAUUUCCACUGUUUUGAAUUUCUAGAGCCGCAUUAGCAGUAGCCAUUCAAAAUUCUCCCACUUUCCUUAAUGGGUACUUGGCU